AUUAUAACUAUCCUCUUUUUUCUCAUCAAACAACUUAAACUCAAAAAGUUGUCUCUUCAAAAAGAAAUGGCAACAGAACUUGAAAUUACAGAGCUUAGAUUAGGGCUUAUUCCUAGUUCAAAAAAUGAGAAGAAGAAAAGGGUGUUUUCGGAGAUCGACAACGAUCGAAGUAGCAGCAACGUUAACGAUGAUAAGAACCAAGUUGUUGGAUGGCCACCAGUUUGUGGUUAUCGUAGAAAGAAUAAUAGUAAUAGUAAUAGUAAUAGUGGCGCAAGAUCAAAGAAGAUGUACGUGAAAGUUAGCAUGGAUGGUGCACCUUUUCUUAGAAAAGUUGAUUUGAGCAGUCACAAGGACUACUAUGGAUUUGUUAUGAAUCUUGAAAAACUCUUCCACUUCUAUGGCAUUUGCAAAGCAUUGAAGGAUGGAGAGAGUAGUUCAGAGUACAUUCCUAUAUACGAGGAUAAAGAUGGAGACUGGAUGCUUGUGGGUGAUGUUCCAUGGCAGAUGUUUAGUGAAUCAUGCAAAAGGCUAAGGAUAAUGAAGAAAUCGGAUGCAAAAGUGAUAGGGCUUCGAACAGAAGACUUUCUCAAGGGUAUUAAUGUACAAGAGAAAUGACGCUUUUUAAUUAAUGGCAUCUCAUAUAAUUAAUUAUGUUAAUCUUAUAUGUUUAAUUGUAUCUUACACUGUAAUUUUAGGUGUAAUUGUAAGACAUAAUUAUUAUGUUGGUUGCUAAUUUUGUUAAUGUGUAAUCCAGAUAACGUACUUAAAGCUCGCCAAGCUAAUGCAUUAGCUUUUAGUAUAAUA